AUGGACCCGAAUUCCAUUGACAUCGCCGUGGUGGGCGCCCAUCUGAGCGGCUUCCCGCUGAAUAAGGAUUUGACUUCCCGAGGCGCCAUCCUCCUCCAGACCACAUCGACCUCGGCCUCGUACCGCCUCUUUGUGCUGUCCAACAGCUUUCCUCGGAAACCCGGCCUGUGCCGGGCGCUCAACCACGAAGACAGCGGCGCCAUCGAGGUUGAGAUUUGGCGUCUGCCCAAGUCCGAAGUGGGCAGCUUCAUUGAGACCGUCCCCUCGCCCCUCGGCAUUGGCACCAUUGAGCUAAAGGACGGCACAUGGGUCAAGGGCUUCAUCUGUGAGCCUUAUGCGAUGCAAGGGGCAACCGAGAUUACUGAGUCUGGCGGUUGGAGAGCCUACACGGAUAGCCUGGAUACGCCGACUAUUUAG